CAGAUUCAACGGACUGAAAAAGAGAGGGAUCAAAGAGAGAAGUGGAAAAUUAAGUGGGGGGGAAAAGGAGGGGCUGUGGAGAACAGUGAAGUAGAAAGGGAUGGAGAGCGUUUCAUCGGGUGAGUCAGCCAGCGUGGAUGAGCUGGUGGAAGCCUGCAUCAAAGCCUUUGACAAUGAAGGCGUUCUGAAGGAGCCGUCGCUCGUGCGAAUGUUUCUCACCAUGCAUCCCUGGUACCUGUUAUCCAGUGACCUAGCUAAGAAACUCCUGCACAAGUCUCAGGAACAGGAUUGUUCUGCAAAUCGCCAGUCUCAAAUUUGUCACCUUGUCAAUCCAUCAUAUGAAUGGCGACGUCAGCUGAAUGAAACCGUCCAGAAGAAACGCAAGACCUCUCUUCUUUUUGACCACCUGGACGCUUCCACCCUGGCUGAACACCUAACGUAUAUGGAGUACAAAUCGUUUUGCAAAAUUCUGUUCCAGGACUACCACAGUUUCGUGAUGCACGGCUGCACGGUGGAUAAUCCCAUUCUGGAGCGUUUCAUUACUCUGUUUAACAGUGUUUCCCAGUGGAUCCAGAUCAUGGUUCUCAGUAAGCCUACAGCUCAGCAGAGAGCCACUGUCAUCAGUGAAUUCAUCAAAGUGGCCCAGAGGCUACUGCAGCUGCAGAACUUCAACACACUGAUGGCUGUAGUGGGUGGGCUCAGCAAUAGCUCCAUUGCUAGACUCAAGGAUACGCAGGCGCUCAUUGGCAGCGAGACGCGCAAGGUGUUUGAAGGAUUGGUGGAGCUGGUCACCUCCUUUGGGAACUACAGUCGCUAUCGUCAGAGUUUCUCAGAAUGUUCAGGAUUCCGCUUCCCCAUCCUUGGGGUGCAUUUGAAGGAUCUGAUUGCCGUGUCUUUGGACCAGUACCACUCAGAGGACGAGAUAUAUCAGCUAUCUCUACAGAGGGAGCCUCGCAGUACUAAACUACCAACUUCCAGCUCAAAGUCACAGUCUCCUCUAAUAGAACAGUGGGCAUCUUCAGUCAAACCUAAAGCGGAUCCAGCCAUCAUCAACAAACACAUUGAAAAAAUGGUGGAGUCAGUGUUCCAAAAUUUUGACACCGAUGGUGAUGGCUACAUUUCCCAAGGAGAGUUUGAGAUCAUCAGGAGGAAUUUCCCUUACCUUGGCAAGUUUGAUGAACUGGACCAAAACCAGGAUUGUAAAAUUAGCCGAGAGGAGAUGAUUGAGUACUUCACAAAGGCGAGCUCCUUACAGAACUGUAAGAUGGGUUUUGUUCACACGUUUACUGAGGCGAGCAGCGUCAAACCUUCAUUUUGUCGGCACUGCUCUCGUUUGAUAUGGGGAUUUUACAAACAGCGAUACAAAUGCAAAGUGUGUGGGGUGAGCUGUCAUAAAGACUGCUGCAGUCGUUUGGCCAUCGAGUGCCGACGGCGGGCACAGAGCAUCAGUUGUCACAAUGACGUUUCCUUUAAGGCCACACGCUCUUUCAGCUUUCCGCCGCCCUUCAGCACAGAGUCGAUAGCAGAGUCCCCGGUCAUCACAGACGGCUCUCAGGAGAAACCGGAUGAGGUUUUUGAUGUCCACCUUUGAUGGGGUUCGAAAAGUAGAUGUAUAUUGCCAACACAUUCACCUCGUGGUUGAGAGCUUUUUCAUUAAGUCCUUCUGAUGAACAGAAAUCCAUCACCUGGCAUUAGAUACGUUCCUCUCCUCUCUAUUUCCAUAGGAACAUCCUGGAGCAAAUCCACAAGCAAGCGCAGCAGCAGUGACAGAGCUGCACUGUUCUCCAGAGCAGAGUGCGUGUGUGUGUGUGUGUUUGUUCAUGCGUUUGUUGUCCAAGGUGAUCCAUUCUCUUGAACUCUCUAUACUGUGAUCUCUCAUGGGUUUUUGGUCUGAAAAUAGCACAUGGAUUUCAAACAAAUAAGAAAAAAGCACCAGUUAAGUUGCAACAAAUAUUUGAGGAGGUUAUAUAUAUAUUUACUAUUUUAGUUUUUCGUGACCAUUUUUCAUCCUCUUAGUAGAAGUAGAAUUAAAUGGUGUUUUGGAUGAAAUGGGACUAAAACAACCCAUUACAAUGUAUAAUCUGCCACCUAUGCAUACAUGAAAAAAAAAUAUAUAUAUAUACAUUUUUACAUUGUUUAUUUUAUGACCAUGAUCAAUGUGCAAUGGUGCAAUUUUUGUUAGAAUUUACAAUGAUAUUUUAAUUGGGAUUCCUGUAACUGCAUGAUUUCAUUGAUCUUUUUCAUUCUCAUAUGUAUUAUGAAUAGACGAGAAGGUCGAAUGAAUGACAUGUUGCAGACACUGUAUUGUGCCACGGCCAUCUCUCAUCACAGGCUUCAAUUUCACACCAACAGAAGGCGCUGUUGUCCUAAACUGAGAAAGCGAUUUGAGAAGUUCUUGUGCUGCCUCAUUUGCUUUCUGAUUUUAUGUUUAUAUUCUUAUUCUUAUUAUGCAGAUGAAUCAUUUGUUUUCUUUGAUGCACAUUUGCAUGUUUUUUGCUGCCGAAAUGGAUACACGUAUAAUAAAUAGAACAUU